UCUAUCUCUUUCUCACCUAGAUGUUCUAGAAAUUUGUACAUUCUUCUUGGAUCUAAUAAAAUUUCUCUCAUUACAUUUCUGUCUUUCUGUAAAAAAUAAAGUUUCUGUGCUUGGAAGAUUGAUAGAAAAAAUGACUAUUACUCAAGAAGUGGAGAACAGCCGCAAUGGACAACGUGAAUCAAUAACCGAGCCACUUAUCAGGCAAAGGAAGGCUUCCAUUCAUGAAGAAUCUCCUCAAUUGGAAGGAAAUGGUAACGGAGGAUCUAUGUUUAUGGUUUUUCUUAGCACUUUUGUUGCAGUGUGUGGGUCUUUCGACUUCGGAUCAUGUGUGGGUUUUUCUGCGCCUGCUCAGUCUGGAAUCACAAGUGAUCUUGGUUUGUCGUUAUCCGAGUAUUCAGUGUUUGGAUCCAUAGGAAAUAUCGGUGCCAUGGUGGGUGCAAUAACAAGUGGUAAAGUAUCUGAUUACCUUGGCCGAAAAGGGGCAAUGAGGAUGUCAUCUAUUUUUUGCGUUGUAGGAUGGCUAGCUGUCUAUUUCGCUAAGGGAUCCGUGUCACUUGACAUUGGAAGACUGUGCACAGGAUAUGGCAUGGGAGUCCUCUCUUACGUGGUACCCAUUUUCAUAGCUGAAAUCGCACCAAAGCAUCUUAGAGGAGGCCUUGCUACUUUGAAUCAGCUCAUGAUUGUUACGGGAGUAUCUUUUACCUUCAUUAUAGGAACACUUGUAUCGUGGAGAACGCUAGCACUAAUUGGUGUUCUCCCCUGCUGUGUUCUUCUUGUUGGUCUUUUAGUCAUCCCAGAGUCUCCAAGAUGGCUGGCAAAGGUCGGGCAACAGAAAGAGUUUGAAUUGUCAUUACGAAAACUCCGUGGGAAAGAUGCGGACAUUUCUCAGGAAACGGCAGACAUUCAGGACUACCUACAAACUCUUGAACACCUACCAAAAGCCCAAAUACUUGAUUUGUUUCAGAGGAGAUACUUGGUUUCUCUCAUUGUUGGUGUUGGAUUAAUGGUGUUUCAACAAUUUGGAGGAAUCAAUGGAAUCUGUUUUUAUGUAAGCCACAUAUUUGAGGCUGCAGGAUUCCCAUCUGCAUUAGGUACAGUUAUCUACGCCUGUAUUCAGGUUCCGAUAACCGGAUUAGGAGCAUUAUUAAUGGAUAAAGCUGGAAGAAGACCUCUUCUAUUUGUGUCUGCAUCAGGAUUGCUCGGAGGUUGCCUUUUACUUGCAACUUCUUUCUACAUGCAGGCCCAUGAAAUAUUCCUUGAGGCAGUACCCACACUGGCUCUCACCGGCAUACUGACUUAUGUUGGUUCAUUCUCCAUGGGCAUGGGUGCAGUUCCUUGGGUUAUAAUGUCAGAGGUAUUCCCACUUAAUAUAAAGGGAACAGCAGGAAGUUUGGUUACAUUGGUCAAUUGGUUUGGGUCAUGGGUGGUUUCAUUUACAUUCAACUUCCUCAUGAGCUGGAGUUCUUAUGGUACAUUUCUACUCUAUGCAGCAGUUAAUCUAUCAGCAAUUCUAUUCAUUGCAAAGAUGGUGCCAGAAACUAAAGGCCGAACUCUAGAAGAAAUUCAAGCUUCCAUGAACAGAUCAUAGAAAGGCACUAAAGCAACGGGUCUUAGAACCAUUGUUUGAGUCAUUGCGAUUGUCCAAUAUUUCUGUUUAAGCUAGAAUGGAUAGUGUGAAAAGAAAUAUAAUAAUUCGAUGAACUGGGUGAAGCAUUAUACUUGGUCAUGCUGCUGCCACGUUAGCAGACACGUCAGGAAUUUGUUGCACUAGGGUCGCUGAGCUCGAGACAUGCGGCAGUGCGACUUCUUGAACAUCAAAAUUGAAUGGUUCUUUGUUGCCAAGAUUUGCAGUGUACAAAGGCAGCAAAAAAAAAAAAAACUCCGCCACUAUGGUCCUGUGCUAAUUGGAGACGGGAACUCAAUUUCUGCCA